AUGCAUCUCUUUGGUCCCUCGCUCCUGUUCCUUGAAUACUUGGCUUUCUCUGACUCAGCGUCAUGGAAAUUUUACCAUCCUCACACCCUCUACUCCUGGGAAGGUGCUUGUAUGUGGAUUCCCUGCCGCUAUACAGCCUCACAUACCGUGACAUCCAUGGACGUGUACCACAAUUAUCUUUUUAACAAAACCACCAAGAACUUUAUGGGAACCAUACUUUAUAAGUCCCCAAGCAUUCUUUACGAAGAGAGAGUACAGUUCCUGGGGAACACCGAAAAUAACUGCACUCUGAGAAUCCAGCCAGUGCAUGCCAAUGACAGCGGUCAACUGGGACUGAGGAUGACAUCAAGUAAUGACAGAUGGAUGGAGAAUAUCAACCUCAAUGUCUCUGAAAGACCCCCUCCACCUCACAUCCAGCUCCCCAUGGAAAUCCAAGAACUUCAAGAAGUCACUUUAAUUUGCAAGCUGAAUUUUUUUUGCCCCAACUACCCGGUCCAGUUGCAGUGGUCAAUGGAUAAGCCAGCGGUUACCUCAACCAACCCAGGCCCCGAGACUGUCUCCAUAGAGAGCAGGCUCACGUUCCAGCCAGAGUGGACUCACCAUGGAAAGAAUCUGACCUGUCAGCUCAAGGAUCUCCAAACAGAGAAGGUCCUCUCGCAGGAAACGGUGUGGCUCGAUGUGAAGCACAUCCCGAUGUUGAAGAUCGAGGUCAGCCCUAGAGACGCCAUUGUAACAGUGGGGGAAUCUGUGACCAUGGAAUGCCACAUCAUCAGCAGCAACCCGGAGUACCGAACUAUAUUCUGGUUCAAGGACAGGACCCGGCUAAAGAAUCAGGAGACAACCACACUAACUCUGUCCUCAGUGACCAAGACGGAGAGUGGAAACUACCACUGUCAGGUUUCCAAUGAUAAGGGCUCAAGAGAUUCAGAAGAAGUGCAUCUUCAAGUGCAGUUUGCUCCAGAACCUUCCAGUGUUCAGAUCCGCCCCUUGUUGGCUAAGGAGGGAAAUCCAGUGCAGCUGACUUGUAUUUCACUAGCCAAUCCUCCUCCGACAAAUUACACCUGGUAUUUCAAUGGAAAAGAAAUUCUGGGAAAGACAAAAAGCAAUUUCCAAAUCCCAAAGGUUCUCCCCCAGCAUGCUGGGAAGUAUUCCUGCUUGGCAGAAAACAGUCUUGGUCUUGGACAGAUUGACCAGGAAGCUGAAUUGGAUGUACAAUAUCCUCCCAAAGGGGUGACCAUGGCGAUUCAGAAUCCUACACCAAUUAGAGAAGGAGAUGAUGUGAUCCUGGUUUGUAACUACAAUUCUAGUAACCCUAGAGUUACCAGAUAUGAAUGGACACCCCAAGUCUCCAAGAAUGAGUCAUUCCCUGAGGUGCUGAUGAUUAGAAAAGUUGCCUGGGAUGUAAGAGCAAUCACCUGCCGAGUCUGUAACACCUGGUGUUCAGAGGCUGUCUCUGUCAACCUGAAUGUGCAGUAUGCUCCCAAAGGUGUCAGGGUCCUGAAGGUCAGCCCCAGUACUGAGAUUCACUCUGGGCACCGGGUCCUCCUUCGAUGUAACGUCUUAAGCAGCCGCCCUGAAGAUGUCCACUUCUCCUGGAAGAAAAAUGGAAACCUUCUGCAGGAAGGAAGAGAACUGAAGUUUGACUCCAUCUCCCCUGAAGAUGCUGGGAAUUACAGCUGCUUAGUUAAUAACUCCAUAGGACAGACCACAUCUGAGGCCUGGAUGCUCCAAGUGCUGUAUGCACCGAGGAGACUGCGGGUGUCCAUCACCCCAAAAGACAGAGUGAUGGAGGGGAAGAAGGUAGCCCUAACGUGUGAGAGUGAUGCCAACCCGCCUGCUUCUCACUACACCUGGUUUGAUUGGAACAACCAAAACCUCCACCAUGCUAGUCAGACGCUGAGAUUGGAACCUGUAAAGAUUCAGCACUCAGGCGACUAUCGGUGCCAGGGGGCCAACCGGCUGGGUGUGGGCGAGUCAGCCCCCAGCACCCUCACUGUCUACUAUAGCCCAGAGACCAUAGGCAAGAGAGCAGCUGUGGGUAUCGGGGUCUGCCUGCUCAUCCUCAUCCUGACAAUCUGGGGGGUCAAGCUUCACAGAGGCUGGAAAAAGAUUCGAAGCCAGCAGGAACUUCAGGAAAAUUCCAGUGGGCAGAGUUUCUUUGUAAGAAAUAAGAAGGUUAGAAGAGGCCACCUCUCGGAAGGGUCCCAGUCCCUGGGAUGUUAUAAUCCAGUGAUGGAAGAUAGUAUUAGUUAUGCCGCUUUGCGUUUUCCUGUUGGCGAAACGGACAUGCCAGGCACUGGUGAUGAGGGGACUUCAGCCAGUAACUCAAGUAAGGAGGACAUGGUCACAUAUUCUGUGGUGCAGAAGCGCCGACUGGGUGACUAUGAAAACGUGGCUCCAGCUCUUCCAGAAGAUGAAGAGAUACAUUAUUCGGAGCUGGUUCAUUUUGGGACUGGGGAGCGACCUGCAGAGCAGGAAAAAGUGGACUAUGUGACUCUCAAGCCCUGA